AUGGAGGUGGUGGGUGCUUCACAUGGCGUGUUGGCUCCCCUGCUGGGGAAGCUCACCAAUUUGCUUGCUGGCGAGUGUGCCCGAUUGAAAGGCGUCCGCCGCGAGAUUCGCUCGCUCAAAUCCGAGCUGACCGGCAUGCAUGGCGCGGUCCAAAAGUACAUGAUGCUGCAAGAUCCUGACGUCCAGGUGAAGGCAUGGAUAUCGCUGCUGAGGGAGCUGUCCUAUGACAUCGAGGAUGUCAUCGACAAGUUCGUCCACCAGCUCGGUAAUGGCGGCCAACACCAGGGUGGCUUCAAGGAGUUCUUUCGCAAGAUUGCUCGCCGUCUCAAGACUCUGGGCUCUCGCCGUGGAAUUGCCAAGCAAAUCGACGAUCUGAAGAUUCGUCUUAAGGAGGUAAAAGAGUUCAGGAAUAAUUACAAGCUGGAUGAUAUUGCCUCUAGUGCCUUUGAACAUUUAGCCGUGGAUCCCCGCUUGUGCACCUUUGAACAUUCAGUUGUGGAUCCCCGCUUAUCUGCUCUUUUUGUUGAGGAAGCACACCUUGUGGGCAUUGAUAGUCCAAGAGAUGAUCUUGUCAAUUGGAUAUUGGAAGAUGGAAAUAGCUCGACCAAGCAUCGCAAGGUGCUGUCCAUUGUUGGCUUUGGUGGCUUGGGGAAAACGACACUAGCGAGGGAGGUUUACCGCAAGAUCCAGGGGCAUUUUCAUUGUCAAGCUUUUGUCUCGGUCUCUCAAAAGCCUAAUGUAAAAAAAAUUAUGAAGGAUUUGAUCUCCCAGAUGCCUUGCGAGAAAGAAUUUAUAGAUGGUAUCGACACUUGGGAUGAAAAGAAAUGUAUUGAGAAACUGAAGGAAUUCUUACAAGAUAAGAGGUAUCUCAUUAUUAUUGAUGACAUAUGGUCCACAUCAGCAUGGGACGCUGUUAAGUAUGCUUUCCCGGAGAAUGAAUUUUCUAGCAGGAUUAUAGCUACCACACGAGUUGUUGAUGUAGCAAGAUCAUGUUCUCAUGGUGGUAAUGGCCGCAUGUAUGAAAUGGAAGUCCUAAAUGAUCUCCACUCCAAACGAUUGUUCUUCAAAAGAAUAUUUGGUUCUGAGGACUGUUGCCCUGAUAUGCUAAAACAAGUUUCGAAUAAAAUAUUAAAGAAAUGUGGAGGCCUCCCAUUGGCAAUUAUCAGUAUAGCAAGUUCAUUGGCAAACAGACCAGUGGUCAAAGAUGAGUGGGAGAGGGUCCGAAGGUCUAUUGGUUCUGCAUUGGACAAAAACCGAAGCUUAGAUGGAAUGAAUAACAUAUUAUCCCUUAGUUACAAUGAUCUUUCACCCAAUCUCAAGACCUGCUUGUUAUAUUUAUGUAUAUAUCCUGAGGAUUAUGUGAUUGAGAGAGAUAUUUUAGUGAGGCGAUGGAUAGCAGAAGGCUUCAUCUCUGAAGAGCGCGGACAAAGCAAGCAAGAGGUUGCCGAGAACCACUUCUAUGAGCUAAUAAACAAAAGUAUGAUCCAGCCGGUUGAAAUUGGUUAUGAUGGAAAGGCUCGUGCUUGUCAAGUCCAUGACAUGAUGCUCGAGCUCAUUAUUUCAAAAUCGGUUGAAGAUAAUUUCAUCUCUUUGGCAGGCCAUGGUCAAACUGAUUUGGCAAAGCAUGAUGGUCUUAUUCGGCGACUCUCAGUCCAGCAUAUUGACCAAGAGCUUGCAUCCAUAUUGGCAAAUGAAGAUCUAAGCCAUUUAAGAUCUCUGACAGUGAUAGCAUCAACUUGCAUUAAACACUUGCCUAGGCUUGUUGUCUUUGAAGCUUUGCGUGUACUAGAAUUUCAAGAUUGUUGGAGUCUGUGCAAGUAUGAUGAUAUGGAUGGUAUAGAUAAACUAGUUCAACUAAAGUACCUGAGCUUUAGGGGCACUUGGAUGUCGAAGCUACCAUCAGGGAUUGUGAGGCUAUAUGGUCUAGAGACGCUAGAUCUUAGAAAUACAGAUAUAGAAGAAUUGCCCACUGGGAUUAUUCAGCUUGUUAAGCUACAACAUCUACUGAUUGCAAGAUCUCUCGGUAAAAAUCCUUAUGGCAAAAUCAAGAUACCCAAUGGUAUUGACAAUAUGAGGAGUUUACAGGUGAUCUCGGGCUUUAAUAUUAUGAAGAGUGCAUUAUGUGCAGUCGAGGAACUGGGGAAUCUGACCGGUUUGAAAGAACUCCAUAUACAGUUGGACGGUGGAGGAUCUCAGGAAUACAAGAGGCAUGGAGACAUGUUACUCUCCUCACUAUGCAAGCUUGGCACUCGCAACCUUCAGUCUUUAUGGAUAUUCUCUCCUGAUUCAACACCGGUCCAGUUCUUAGAUUCAUUGUCCCCUCUGCCAUAUGACCUCCAAAUGUUUCGGGUGACCAGUGGCUACUAUUUGCCAAAGAUGCCAAAGUGGAUUGUACCAGCACUCACCAGUCUUGCAUACCUAGACAUUAAUUUUAUUGAAGCAACAAAGGAGGAUUUGCGGUUACUUGGAGAGAUGCCAGCUUUACUUCGCCUGAGUAUAACAUUCAAGACUGUCCAAAAAGAAAGGCUUACCGUACAAGGCGCUGCAUUCCCGUGUUUGAAGGAAUUCAACCUUAUCCGUACCUUCCGUUGUCCAAGUGCAGUUUACUUGACAUUUGAAGAAGGGGCGCUGCCAAAGAUGGAGAAGCUUGAACUGCCAUUCUUUGUUUCAGUGGCAGAAGCAUAUGGGUUCUACUUGGGUCUUGGCCACCUCCCAUGUCUAAGAGAUGCCAGAGUUACUCUUUGCAAUGAUGAUGACACAUUUCAUGAAAGCAACUCUGCUGCAGCUGCCGCCAUAAGGAAUGAGGCAAACACUCAUCCCAAUCAUCCCAGGCUAUCUAUCCGGGGUGAAAUGGAAGAGAGCUCCACCGUCAACUAA